AUGAUCAUGCUCAUGAACACCGUAGUUGUCUGUCUUCUUCUUGCCUUGAUUGCCCGGGCUUUCUACAUCUGGGUCAAGCUCGCCGAGUUGAGCAAGGCCUAUGGCCCCAUAUACUCUCUACGCCUACUCAACACCCCAAUAGUAGUGAUCAACUCGGCUGAAGUGGAGAGGGAGCUUCUGGAUGUGAAAUCUGCCUUGUACGCCAACAGGCCAUUGCCGUCGAGCUCGCUCCAGGCCAGCAAGAUCAGCGAGUACCGGGAUGUUCAAGACUACCACAUCAAUACGUUCCUGUCUAACCUCCUGCAGCAUCCAAAGGAUUUUUUCCACCACAUCCGACAUCUCUCCGCAGGUGUCACCGUCGAGAUAUCCCAUGGUUAUCGUGUGAUGAGCCGCAAUGAUGAAUAUGUGAAGGAGGCAGACGUCUCCGUGGUGAACUUUGCCGACGCCGCCCUUCCCAACAACUAUAUUGUCGAUUGGUUCCCCUCCCUCGCAGCGCUCCCGGCUUGGCUUCCAGGAAUGGGAUUCAAGAGGAAGGCCGCGGAGUACCGCAAGCAGUACUACGCACUCGCGGAGGAGGGCCACCGCAUGGUCAAGGCAGAGAUUGCUAAGGGCACCGCAAGGCCGUCGCUUACCUAUACAGCGCUCGCGGAGUCGAGCCCCGGUCAGUAUCCAGACGAUAUCAUCAUGUUCACCACGACGCAGGUAUACACCGGUGGCGGGGAUACGUCCUCGUCCCUUCUUGCUUCAUUUUUCCUCGCGCUUCUGCGGAAACCGGAGGUCGUAAAGAGAGGCCAUGAAGAGAUCGACCGUAUAGUUGGUGACGAACGGCUGCCGACCUUCGACGACCGCGCCAAUCUACCUUAUAUUCAGGCGAUAGUCGCUGAGGUCGCGCGCGUUCGCCCUCCAAUCAGUUUUCUGCCUCGACUCGCUGGACAAGACGAUGUCUACCGCGGACAUCACAUCGAGAAAGACUCAUACGUCCUGGUGAACUACUGGGGAAUGAUGCACGACGAAACCCUCUACCCGGAUCCCGACGCGUUCAAACCAGAGCGCUGGCUAUCGAUGGAACGGAACCCGAAGACGUACUCACUCGACGUCAUCUUCGGGUCUGGGAGACGAGUGCUGGCUAUGUUCGACAUAUCGCCGGCUCUCGAUGAUAAUGGCAAGCCUAUCAUUCCACUAGAGGAGUGCACUGACGGUGGUAUCACUAUCAAACGUUCAUCUCAUGUCGCGGAACUGUUGCCCGGGGACCAAGGGUAA